AUGAAUGAAAAAAAAAAAUUAACAUGGACAACAAUAGCACAUCAAUGUACAAAGAGAUAUAAUGAAACCGAACACACAGUUACUGGAUUUGCUCCUAAAUAUUUGUUGGAGGGCAAAGACAUUACAAUUGUACCAAGUGAAUUGAAGAAACAUAAGACACACAGUGAGCUAUUGCAAGAUAGAAAACUAGCAUUAGAAAAUAGUAUGAAAUCACAUAAUUAUAAUAAGGAACGAUUUGAUAAAAAAAGAAAAAAUUAUGAGUUCAAUACAGGAGAUCUUGUGUACAUAGAAAAUGGAAAUCGGUUAAACAGAAAGAAAUUGGAUGAAUUAAAAAUAGGACCAUACAAAAUGUUGGAGAAGAUAUCAAGCUCAAUAUACAAAAUAGAUACAGGCCACUCAAAAUCGCAGUCGAAUAUUUUCCACAUCACUAAACUUGUUCCAGCUAAGGAAUUUGCGGUCCUGGCCAGCGAUGUGUUUUCUUUCCCGGUGGAGGGGGAGAUAUAA